GGGCGUCCCAAGGAUCUAAAGAUAGUAGUCCCUGGCUCAGAGUCCAAGCGCCACUGGGUAGCGGGGAGCCGCCAUGGCAAGGCAGCAUGCCCGGACGCUGUGGUACGACAGGCCCAAGUACGUGUUCAUGGAGUUUUGUGUUGAGGACAGCACCGAUGUCGAUGUGCUCAUCGAAGACCACCGUAUUGUGUUCAGCUGCAAGAAUGCCGAUGGAGUGGAGUUGCACAAUGAGAUUGAAUUCUAUGCUAAGGUGAACUCCAAGGACUCCCAGGAUAAGCGCUCUGGUCGCUCUAUUACUUGCUUUGUGAGGAAAUGGAAGGAAAAGGUGGCCUGGCCCCGACUCACCAAAGAGGAUAUCAAGCCAGUGUGGUUGUCCGUGGACUUUGAUAACUGGAGGGACUGGGAAGGGGAUGAAGAGGUGGAGCUGGCUCAGGUGGAGCAUUAUGCAGAGCUUUUGAAGAAGGUCAGCACCAAGAGACCUCCCCCUGGCAUGGAUGACCUGGAUGAUGAUUCUGACAGUGCUGAUGCAACAAGCACCUGAGUAUGGCUGCAUCAGAUAGCAGGACAGGAGAGGAGUAGGCUGUUGGGGCUCCUGACUUUCUACCAAUUACCUGUAAUCUUUGUGUUUGGACCAGUCAUCAGUUCUCUGUUGAGUAUUCAAGCAUGUGUAUUUACUUGGUAGAGCAAAAGCCAAAGAAGCAGCAGAUAGAUUGUAAUAAAUCUGUAAGAACUG